UCAGUAGUCUUGCUUUUUAUGUUUAAUGAUUAGCUGCAGUUAAUUACUCUGAUGCUUUAAAAUAAAGCAUUGACUAAUGGGUAUGUACACAUAAAUUUUUUUUCAGUUGUUGCAAAUCAUUAACUCACAUGUGCAUACCUUACAUUACAGUGCCAUAUUCAUGCUCCACAUAAGUGUUUCUGUAUUGAAUCAUAUCUAUGUGAUAAAACAAAACUUGUUUGGACAUUUAUUUACAUUUUAGAUUAUUAAGUUCAAUUUGUUCCCAAAACUGUCCAAAUUUAAAAUUUACUGAAACUAAGUUUUCACAAAAAAAAAAACCUUAUUUUUUAAUCCUUUUAGUUUAUUAAGUGAAUCCUAUUCCUUCGCUGUGCCAUGUUUUUCUUGCUGCUGCUAGUUCAACAGCUUGAAUGACUGGUAACUAUCUCCCUGGAAAUAAUUGGUUAAAGCGUACAAGGAAGUACCUGUGUGGUCAUUCAGCAAGGGAGUAAAGUCCAUGAGAGGAGAAACAGGGAAGAGGCUCCUGGAUAAGCAGCAUUCCUCAUGUAGAGCAGGUUCACUUAACACAUUUGAAUCGUUUUGGUAAAGUAUUGAAACCGAGGGAAACCUUUAGAGAUACUGUGUUGUACAACAUCAGAGAAAUGGACAGUGAACUGCAGAGACAAGGCUCAAGUCAGAUGUACGACUACAGUGAAGCAGCUGGGAAUGGUUACCCUGAUGACCAGCAGUCCAUAAGGUUACGGCAGACUUCAUCUCGGAUGUCCAAUCAGAACUACCCACAGUACAACUGGAGCUCAAGCAUGGCAGAGGAAGAUGAGGAGGAGGGUGGUGGCGAUGUCCUGCCACAGGACCUGAGGAACACUCCUCUGCACAUGGCACUGAAGAGAGCAGUGAGGCAGGCGCAGGAAUUACAGGUGCCUGUGGUCUCCAGUGUGGAUUCUUGGAAAAGGAAGAAAACCAAAACUUUACAGAAAGUCAAAAAUAAUGCUACAGGACUUCUGUACUUUCUCACCCCGUGGAAUAGGACGUUGCAAAAAAUUGGAGGGAAUUUUGGAGGUGGUGUCCAGUCUUAUUUCUUGUUCCUGCGAUUCUUGGUGGUGCUAAAUUUGGUUUCCUUCUUGCUGAUCGCUGGACUCGUCAUCAUCCCCAGCAUCGUCUUCAGAUCUGUUGGGACCAGUCUUAUUGUUCUCCAGUCUUCAGGUCCAGAGGAAUGCAUGAAAUAUGACCCUAAUCCUCCAGGCUUGGUGGUUUUCUAUAACUUUCUGGAUUUACUUUCAGGAACGGGCUUUAUGGAGUAUUCAUACAUGUUCUAUGGCUACUACAACAACACAAUGGUAGAGGACAGAAACUUCUCCUACAACAUCCCCCUGGCUUACCUCCUCACUGCUGUCUUCUAUUUUGUCUUUGUCUUUUGUAUCAUUGCACGCAUGGGGACAGCAGCUCGUGCUGUGGCAACAGGAGGACACAAUGAAGGCAACUACAGCCUGAUAGUGUUCACAGGCUGUGACUAUGGUUGCCUAGGAGACCGGGCUACCAAACUGAAGCAGAAAAACAUCCACUAUCGGCUGCAGGUGGACCUGGAGGAGGAGAGACUGAAGAAAAAAGCCGCUCUGACAUUAUCUAAAAAAAUAGUGUUAUAUGCACUUCGGAUUUUUAUGUGGUUGAGUGCUUCUGGACUCAUCAUAGCAGCCUUCAGGAUCUUUUAUGCCACCACCUUCAGUCAGACAAAGACAGGGGAGGAAGGGAUCCUGGGUUUGAUUUUUGAAUUCCUACCGUCCAUUGUGAUCACUAUUGCAAACUUCAUUGUGCCUCUGCUGUGUGACCAGAUUGCAUUAAUUGAGCGAUAUGCACCCAGUACUACAGUCAUUGUUGCACUCUUAAGGGCUGUGUUUCUGCGACUGGUCAGUCUAGGCGUCCUCCUCUUCACCCUGUGGAGCCAGAUCACCUGUGAAAGGAACAUGAGUCAUCAAGACUGUACACUGUGCCAGUACAACUAUAAAGCAUACCCGUGCUGGGAAACACGUAUAGGACAAGAGAUGUACAAACUGACACUGUUUGACCUCCUCAUCAACAUCGCUGUUCUGAUUCUUGUGGAGUUUGCCACCAGGAUGUAAUGGACAACUGGGUCCAGUAAGCUGGCUCAGUUGGUGGGGCGGCAGGAGUUUGUCGUUCCCCAUGUGCGUGGCCUGGUUUAUGGGCAGACAGUAGUUUGGACAGCUCUUUUUUGCCCUCUGCUGCCUCUCAUUAACACUGUGAAGUUCAUCAUCCUCUUCUAUUGUAAAAAGAUCACUCUGUUUUAUAACUGUCGCCCUGCACUGAAGACAUUUCGCUCCACAACCUCUAACGUAUUUUUCCUGGUGGUACGGGUUGGCUGGAGUCUGGCUACACUUGUUAUGAUUUACAGUCUUGCUGAGAUCCAUCCCUCAAUGUCCUGUGGGCCUUUCCGUUCCCUCCCAAACAUGUGGGCGAUUGUUCCAACCUCUUUCUACAACCUCUCUGAAGUUACACAGGAGUUUCUCUUCUUCAUUGGCUCCCAGGCAUUCUCCAUUCCUCUAUUUACUCUGUCUUGUGUGGUGAUGUGUUAUUUUAUAGCCUUACAUGCUGUCUAUGGAAAAAGUGUUGAUCUGCUAAAAGCCCAGCUUAAACAGGGGAGGAGAGCCGUGACAAACAGUUUCUUGGUCAAACAGAUUGAGAAGCUGAGUGGGCCGCUUCAGCUACCCAAAUCAAUAUCCCAAGUACAGGAUGGGUAUUAA